AUGGACAAAAGAAAAUCCCCUCCACCUUCAGGAGGCCAUCUCGUCGUCUCCAAAAAACCCCGCACAAACGCGCAAAACAACCAACAAGUCUCCCUCGUCGGCUCCGGCAAUGGAGGUGCCUUGAUCCAAAGUGUAUCCCGAACAUCGGGACUUCAGGCUCCCAACAUGCACCUAACUGGUCAUUCGGGCGAAAUCUUCGCAUCCCGCUUCGACCCAACAGGGCAACACAUCGCCUCUGCCUCCUUCGACCGCUCAAUUCUCCUCUGGAACACAUACAACGAUUGUUCAAACUACGGCAUCGUUACCGGACACAAAGCCGCAAUCCUCGACGUCGCUUGGUCCCGUGAUUCGAAGACCAUCUACUCCGCCAGCGCCGACACGACAUUGGGAACAUGGGACGUAGAGAGUGGAAAGAGGGUGAAGAAACACGUUGGGCAUGAGGAUAUUGUUAAUACUGUUGAUGUGUAUCGGAGGGGGAAUGAGAUGUUGGUUAGUGGGAGUGAUGAUGGUUGGGUCUCGUUGUGGGAUUCGAGGGAGAAGUUGGCGGUGGAUUCGAUGGAGAAUAAAUACCCCGUCACCGCCGUCGCGUUCUCAGAAGCCGGAGACCAACUCUUCACCGGUGGCCUCGACAACACAAUCAAGGUCUGGGACAUGCGAACCCGAACAAUUGCCUACACCCUCCAAGGCCACACCAACACAAUAACUUCCCUCUCCAUCUCCCCCUCGUCCUCCUCACCUCGCCUCCUCUCCUACUCCAUGGACUCCACCCUCCGAAUAUGGGAUAUCGCACCCUUCACCUCCUCCCCCACCCGCCUCAUCCGCACCCUCACCGCACCCCACGGAAAAGCUCUCCACGGCUUCGAGAAAAAUCUACAGAGAGCGAGUUGGAGCGCUGACGGGAAGAGAGUCGGGGCGGGAGGGAGUGAUGGCGUCGUGUAUGUCUGGGAAUCGGAAAGUGGGAGUGUGGAAUAUGCGUUGCCCGGGCAUUCGGGGUGUGUUAAUGAUGUGCAGUUUUCGCCGAUUGAGCCGAUUGUUAUGUCUGCGUCGACGGAUCGGAAGAUUAUCUUGGGAGAGAUUCGAUGA